CUGGUCAAAUUUCCAUGAGAAUUGCUUCCUCGUGCAUUACCUACCUAAAACUUGCCUCUAAUAAAGUACAAUUUCAUGAAGCACACAUGCAUGUGUAGUAUUCCUGCUUGCAAGUUAAAAGGCCCUUUCCUAUUUGUUUCUGUGUGGAUUUAACACAUAUAAGUGCCUUCAGCUCCAACACUACCCUCCAUUCUCAGAUCUCAAAGCAAUUUCGAUGUUUCUCCACCCUAAAAUGGAUCCUCUAUUGUUUUUGUUCGUCCUUCUUGUUGCUCUCUUCCCAAUAUCAGAAUCACAACUAGAUGGAGAACCAGAGCUCAUCGCUCGCGGUUUCAUCUCCAGUGAUUUGCAGGAUGCAGUAAAUGAUAUGAGAGCAAAGUCUUACUAUGGAUUUGCAAUCCUUUUGCAGAUGGUGAAUGGAUCGGCACAACAAAACCGGCCCUUGACCUUCUUCAUGCCAGCUGACUCACAAUUAUCUGAAUCCCCAAUCUCGGUACAACACCUUGAAGAGUUCAUGACAAGCCAUGCAAUCCCAAUGCCUCUCUCGUUCAAUGACCUUUUACAUUUUCCAACUGGGAGCCUUGUCCCAACUGGUGUUGAUAACAAGAUGAUCAGAAUCAACAACCGGGGAAGAACUAGUUUCUAUGUUAGCAAUGCACACAUUGUCACACCAAACAUUUGCAAUGGCACUUCCUUCAGGUGCCAUGGAAUUGAUGCAGUGAUUCAGUUUGGCAAUGUUACAGCUACAUAAAGAUUGAUAUGGACCUAAUAUCCUGCUGGUGUAACUGCUUAUAGAAGACUUACUUUGUCCACUGUUAUAUCUCCUCCCAAAUGAAUGUAUUCCAAU